GACUGCGUGCGACGAUACAAAUAAACGUAAUGUGUAAAUCUUUGAGAUAAGGUACUACCAUUGGUGAGGGCAAAGAACAUGCAGCUUGUAAGUUUCUGACAGUUUGUUCUGACUCUUAAAAGACGGCUAUCUCAAAUAAACGGGCCGAAAUAGAAACGUUAAAGUUCCUUCGAUGACAAAACGUUUCCAUUGUUCGGCAAAUUGAAUAUGGAUCCGAAUAAGAAGGAGGACGUUAAUACUUGGUGCUCAAAAACUGAACCAUUUUUAGGAUAUAACAAUGAAAAUCCUAUAAAGAAUCAGAAUAAUGAAGAGACAGUUCAAACUUCUCAAGAGGGAAAAAAACUUUUUCAAUAUAUCAUUACCUUGAGCGCCAGUCUAAUUGGUAUGCAAAGUGGUAUGACAUUAGGAUGGACAUCACCAAUUUUACCAUUUCUCAGCUCGAAAAGAUCCUUUAUUCCUCAGUUAACGGAAGACGAAACCUCUUGGAUAACAUCGUUAUUAGCUUUGGGAGCGAUAUUAGGAGCGGUGCCAGCUGGAAAAAUAGCCGAUUAUUUUGGUAGAAAGUUAGCAAUGGCAUUAACAGCUAUACCCUUUCUGAUAUCAUGGAUUACAUUAAUCUUCUCAAGAAAUAUUAUUGGUGUAUAUGUGGCCCGUUUUGUUGGUGGCAUUGGUUCUGGAGCUGCUUGUGUUCUGGUACCAGUUUAUAUCGGUGAAAUAGCUCAAGCAUCGAUCAGAGGAAUGCUUGGAACAUUUUUUCCACUUUUAUUUUCAUUCGGCAUUGUUUUCUCUUAUGUGAUGGGUGCCUAUCUUUCUUACACGAUUUUCAAUGUGUCAUGUUGUUUUGUAUUGACUAUAUUCCUCGUGAUCAUUGUGUUCCUUCCGGAAUCGCCGAUGUGGUUGGUACACCAAGAGAAAAAAUCACAGGCUGUCAAAGUCCUCAAGAUAUUACGUGGUGUUAAUUAUGACGUUAAAGAAGAAAUAUCGACGUUGCAAGACGAGGCCGAUAGAGUAGAAGCUAAAAGAGGAGGUAUACUGGAUCUUAUCGGUACAAAAGCUGGACGAAAAGCAUUUGGUACAUGUCUUGGUCUAAUGUGGUUCCAACAGAUGUCUGGAAUAGAUGCUGUAUUAUUUUAUACAGUUAGAAUAUUUCAAAAUGCCGGUAGUACGAUCGAACCAUUCGUCGCUACUAUCGUUAUUGGCCUAAUUGAGGUCAUAAUGACGAUUUGUGUUGUACUGAUCAUUGACAGAUUCGGAAGGAAACCAUUAUUGAUAAUAUCUGGCGUAGCGAUGACUCUAUGUCUCGGUGUCCUUGGAUAUUAUUUUAAAAUAAAAACCGACGGUAAAGAUGUACUUUUUCUUGGUUGGGUACCAUUGACGUGUCUUUCCUUAUUCAAUGUCGUAUUCUCAAUCGGCUACGGAUCGGUACCAUUCGCAAUGAUAAGCGAACUUUUUCCACCUGAGACUAAGGGAGUAGCCAGUAGCAUCUCUAUUAUGGUACAUUGGAGUCUGGUAUUUGCCGUGACUAAGCUCUUUCCAAAGAUGGAAAACGUUCUGGGAGAAGCUACGACGUUUUGGACCUUCGCUUGUUUCACUGCGUUGUCUGCGGCCUUUGCCUUCUUUUUUGUCCCUGAAACGAAAGGGAAGACUCUUCAGGAUAUUCAAAAAAAACUGGAACGAAAGCGUAAGCUGAUCAAAGACGUACAGUCUGUCUGAGGAGUCUCACUCUCAUUCUCUCUCUCUCUCUUUCUCCCUCUUUCUCUCUCUUUUCCCUCCCUCUCUCUCUCUCUCUCUCUCUCUCUCUCUCUCAUUCUUUCUCAUAUGGAAUUUUAUCUCGAUUAUUAUAUGUACUAGCGCUUUACGCUCGACAAACGAAGAAAAACGUGAUAUACAAUUUGUCACUGAUUAAACGUUUUAUGUUCGUUUGAAAAAAAAAGAAAAAAAAAAAAUAAUUAAAAAAGA